AUGAUCCUAGUAAUACCGCCUGAACUGCAUUUUCUCUUGGGUACUGUAAAUACCUUAUACAACAACCUUUUAAAAGCGCCUCCUGAGGUAUGCAAUCAGUGGACAACUCUUUGUCACAUUCAAAGAGAGGUCAUACAUGAGGGGUCCUUUACAGGAAACUCAUGUAAAAAAUUAUUGAUAAAUUUGGAUUAUUUGGAUAAAAAUCUACCAAUAAAUUUGCUGCCGUAUAUGACUUGCCUUAAAGCUUUUAACGAUGUGACGAAAAGUACUUUUAAAGUCACCUUAGAUCCAAAUUAUAAAAAAAAUAGAUUUAAGUCCUCCUUUCUUGAAUUGGGAAUUAAAACAACGCCAAAAAUACUUGCAGUCAUUUUUCACGUUCAAGAGUUCUGUGAAAAAACAAAUUUGGACUUGGUCUUUUAUAGCGAACAGGCUAGCAAAGCAGUUAAUUCUGAUUUUGCGGUAGUAUGGGUUCAAGAUAUUUUUGGUGCUCAAACUGUAUCAAUUAUGCUCAAUGGUGAAGAAUCCGAAUUAACUCUUCAAAAUUCUGCAACAUUUAAGGAAAUUGAUAAGAUGCAUCCCCCAGAUGGUUUUGUGGUCCUCUACUCUGUCGUUGACAAAGCAAGUUUUUUAAAAGCCGAAGCAGAACUGACCAAACUUCAGGACGCCGAUCUAUUGAGAUCUAGGCCGGCCAUUUUAGUUGCUAACAAAAUAGAUCUAGCAAGAAGUAGGGCAGUAUCAACGCAAGACGGAAGAUGCCUUGCUUGUACGUUUAGAGCUAAAUUUAUGGAAAUAUCAGUGGGGAUAAAUCACAAUGUGGAUGAAUUGUUAGCAGGAAUUUUAACUCAAAUUAGAUUAAAAGUAUUAAAUUUCGAAGACAGAGAACAUCAGCAACAAUGGUAUAAAAGCAGGGGCAUGGUAAAAGCUAGCAUGAAAGCUAGACAAAUGUUUACGUGGCUGUUUGGUAAAGAGGAUUCGAAAUUUAAAAACUGUGAAAAUCUACAUAUUCUAUAG